GAUCAGCUUUAUGCUCAGAAUUUUGAGGGGGUAGUUUAGCCGGCUGCAGCCUCAGGGACCGUCAGUAACUGAUCAGUUCUUUCAUUCAUGCAUUCACUGACGCACUCGUCCUCUCGUUCAAUGCAUACGUUGAGAAAUUACAACAGUAAUAACACCCAGUCGCUUUACUGUAUACCAGGCAGCGUUCUAAGAUCUGUGCAUAGGUUAUCUCAACCCUCACAACAAUCCUAUGACACAGGUACUAUUACUAUACUCGUUUGACGGAUGAAAAACUUAGGUCAGGUAGGUUUAUGUAAUAUGGCCAAGGUUAGUAAUCAAGUAGUGAGCUUAAGCCCAGUAUAAAAGAAGUCACUGCACGCUGGCAGGUUCGUUCCAAGAGUGAGGCAGUAACCUAGUCUCUGCUCUUGAAAUACCGUAGGUCUGCUGUGAGAAACAAUCGUUAAAACGACAAUAACAGCUGUGAGAAACAAUCGUUACAACUUUGUAAGUUAAAUAUUCUGGCAGUUCCUAGCAUGACUGAGUAGGCCAUCAAUAAAUAUUUCUUCAGGACGGAAUUUCCUAUGUCAGCAGAAGGAGUCGUCAAAGGAAGAGACCUUUAUGAUGGUAAAAAGAAAAAAAAAAGCAUUGUUAAGGAACAGCAAAAAAAUAUUUUUUUAAGUACCUUGCUUGUUAACAUGACAACUUUUCUUCUGAAAUGAAGUUUUUUAAAAAUUUCCUCUCAUGAAACUACUGUUAUUUAUUGUUCUUUGGCAAGCUUGAUGUUGAUUAUAAUGUAGCAGUUCAUUGUCAAGAUAUCCUGACUUUAUAGAUACUGUUAUUUAUUGUUCUUUGGCAAGCUUGAUGUUGAUUAUAAUGUAGCAGUUCAUUGUCAAGAUAUCCUGACUUUAUAGAUUUACGUUGGUUUAUUUAAUUACUGUUAGAGGUAAAUAACCUAGAAAGCAGAGUUAUAUUAAAUAAAAAUAAGACCUAUCUCAAAACAAAGUAUGAGUUAUAAUGAAAUACUUACCAAUUAUCUAUUUAGUAAACCUGGUCUUCAGAAGUUACUGAAGUAUAUGGAUGGUAUAUGUCAUGUACUUCUAAGACCUUUUAUACAGGUUUCCAAAUACUUAAGAAUUUGUAGUACUUAGAACUUUUUUGCUAGACUUAAAAUGAGGAAAUCCUCAGUUUAUGUAAAAACAAAAAUCUUUCGGUUAUUAAAGAUCAACCCAAAUAAUAUAUAUUUGCUCCUAAUAUUGAAGAGUCACACAUACAAAAAGGCAACUAUAGAUAGAACAAUUUUUAAAAAGUAAUCAAUGUUAGUCUCUUAGUUUUCAUUUCUUAAAAAACAAAAUAUUUUAAUGCAUUAAUUUGACAUCUGAUAUUUGAUCAUGAAAAAUGAAUCAUCUUAAAACAACUUCUGCCCUCUGAAACUGACACAAAAGUAGCCAUGUGAUUCUUCGUAUUAGUAUGUUAUCCUAUGGCCACUCUUUAAAGUUCUCUAAAUUUGUCAAGUGUCAGUUUCACAAUUUGCCUCCCUCGGAACAAGGGGGAGGGACUUCCCUGGCGGACCAGUGGUUAAGACUUCCCUUUCCAGUGCAGGGGGUGUGGGUUCUAUCCCUGGUGGGGGAGCUGAGAUACCACAGGCCUCCUGGCCAAAAAACCAAAAUAUAAAACAGAAGCAAUAUUAUAACAAAUUCAACAAAGACUUUAAAAAAAGAAAAAAAGUCCACAUCAAAAAGGUCUUUAAAAAAAAGGGGGGGGAAUCCUCUAAUACAAACUAGUGAUUGGACAAUCUUUGGCAAACUUUAACAUCAUCAGGCAGCGAUACCACUUUAAGAAAAUUCCAAGGAAAGGACAGCCCCAUUUUAAAAUUCCCACCUCUGGCUCCCAAGGAUUGGGUUGCAAACUUAGAUAAAACACUCUUCUCCACUCCCUAUUGGUGCAUGCUCUAUCAUUCAUUCUCCCUGGAAUUUUGUGAGAUACUACGUUGCUUUAUGGGAAAAGGCUGCGCCAAUUUAGUCUGGAAUUGCCCUACUUUAGACUUUUUCUGGUUAUCAAUCUGUACAAAGAAUCACCAAACUGAUACAGCGUGGACCAAACUGAUAAAUCAGGCUGCCGGGACAUUGUGUAAUUCUAUCGAAAAAGAAACGGACAACCUCUCAAGCACAUCGAGUAUUUGACAAAGGAUUUUACGACACAGUGAGAGAUGAAUUUCAACCAAAAAAAAAAAAGUUGUGACUGAAGAACACCAUGGGAAGAUGGGAGAUAUUUGUACUCAGACUGUAGGCUUUCACCUGAUCUGUUUCUCUGAGACAAAACUCAGUUCCAUACCUCAGUGAGCUGCUACCAUGUACCAGAUGAUAUCCUCAGUGUUGGGCAAAAAAAGGUAGACUGCGUAUUUACUCUUCACUUGUUUGGUCUGAGGAUAAUGUAUAUAAAAAUAUGCAAGAAUCACAGGAAACUCACAUAUCCAACCACCUGGAAGAAAUUGUUGCUGCCGUCAGCAUAACACCUAGAAAAAUGCUCCAAAACAAGCUGCCUCAGACAGCACUGUUUCAGCCUCCUCGAGAGAAACUCCACCUCUGUGAAGAGAAAGCAAAGUCCUAUUCUAGCAGUCAUGAGUAUAAACAGGCUCUCCAGGAGCUUGUGCGCUGUGUGGCGCUGACGAGGAUCUGCUAUGGUGACUCACACUGGAAACUGGCCGAGGCGCAUGUUAACCUGGCUCAGGGCUACCUCCAGCUGAAAGGACUGUCACUGCAAGCAAAACAACAUGCAGAAAAAGCCAAAGAAAUCCUCACCAACUCCAUUGUGCAUCCCUACAAUGACAAUACAGAUGUUUUCAAGUGUUCGGUUGAGUUAUUCCAUACCAUGGGGAGAGCCUUACUCUCCCUUCAAAAGUUUAAGGAAGCUUCAGAGAAUUUGACAAAAGCAGAGAGACUUUCAAAGGAGCUGCUGCAAUGUGGAAGGAUUAUAAAGGAAGAAUGGAUAGAAAUUCAAACGCAGAUCAAAUUGUCAUUUGCACAGGUAUAUCAAGGUCAGAAGAAAUCAAAAGAAGCUCUGCCCCACUACCAAGAGGCUUUAGAAUAUAUUGAGAUCAGUAAAGGUGAAAAAAGUCUUGAGUGCGUACCAACAUUGAGGGAAUUGGCAGGUGUAGAACAAGCCCUGGGAUUUCACGACGCAUCCAUCAACCACCUUUUACAGGCGCGUCUCAUCGUCCUGAGCAGAAACCCCUCUCAAGAGGAGGCAGCCGUGUCCGCACACUCCGUCGCCUGUGCUGCUGUCGCUUCUGGAAGGCCUGAGCACCAUGGUGAGAGCGAGAGCGAGCCUUCCGUGGGGGACAGUGAGGCCUGCUCCCUGCCUGUCCCAUAUGUGGCUGAGCAGUAUUUUCAAGAUAGCAUGGCUAAUCUUAAGGAUGCUGAAGGGAUAGGAAAAGCCAAAUUUCUUUCAAUUCAAGAUGAUUAUUGCCAUUUUCUACAAGUCACUGGACAAAAAGAGAGAGCUACCUCCAUCCUGAGAGAGUCCCUGGAGGCCAAAGUGGCAGUGUAUGGCGAUCUCAGUCCCGAGGUGGCAGAGACAUACCGGCUCCUGGGCGGGGCUGACCUCGCACAGGGGAACCAGAGAGGGGCCCACAAGAAACUGAAGAAGUGUCUUCAGAUCCAGACCCUCUUAUAUGGACCACAGGACAAGAGGACUCUGGCCACCCAGCAGACCAUGGAUGUCCUGUCCAAGGCCCCCGAGAAGGCCGUGAAGCCUCGGCAGCCCCCAAGAGCCAAGGUGGCCUUCUGCACCGGCGGGCCGCAGCACACCGCCCUGGGGAAGGCCAGGCCCAACGCAGACGACUGAGCCCACCCCCACCAAAAGCUCUGCUCAUGCCUGGGUGCUGACACUUAGGGUGCUCUAUAAAUCUCUCUCCAGCCAGAAGGUGGACUUCAACAGUCAUUGGCAGAUUUUUUAGGCUGUUUGCUCCAAAUGCAACAGCGGUCCCAUAAACUUCCCAUGGGCCACCUUUUGACAGUGGAUGCCCUUCCCGGUGAUUUGGCGCUGCUAUAAAGCAUUUUUCUUUUUACCACCUUAGUGGUUUUUCUUGCCAGCAAGAAUUUUUACCCAUCAGCACUACUGUGGCUGAAAGGCUUCUCUUCAAAAGUUCGAAAUUUCCUGUGUAGGAAAGCAGACACACACACACACGCACGCGCGCGCGCGGUGUAUAGCCCCUUGGGCAGGCCUGGAGUCAGAUCUGGAGCAGUAAGAUUCUGGGGAAAGCCCUUUCUUAUAUAGGAAGGUAAUAGAAUAAAAUGCUAAUAAAAGGAAAUUUGGAA